UAUAAGGACUGUGCGGCUUGCAUCAGCAGCGCUUCUCCAGAUGCCUCCGAGCCGCGCAGAGCCGGUGCUGCCCAGUAACCCCAUCACUGCCAUGGAGAAGCCUCAGACGUCCCUCUGGGUGUUCGGCUAUGGCUCCCUGGUGUGGAGACCGGAUUUUGAAUUUACUUCCAGUAAGGUUGGCUUCAUCCCUGGUUACAGCCGCAAGUUCUGGCAGGGAGACACCUUCCACAGAGGCAGCCCUGAGAUGCCUGGACGAGUGGUGACCCUACAGGAAGACUACCAGGAAUCCACGUGGGGCAUUGCCUAUGAAGUGCGCGGCGACCAGAUCGAAGCGUCCCUUCAGUAUCUGAAUAUCCGAGAGUCUGUUCUUGGAGGCUACGUAACAAAGCUAGUCAAGUUUUACCCUCAAGAUGAAGGUGAAGAGGGGGCGCUACUCGCCCUGGUGUACAUCGCCACGCCUCAAAACCCUGCUUAUCUUGGACCAGCUUCUGAAGAAGACAUUGCCGCUCAGAUUGUCGUUUCCAGUGGUCGGACAGGCCACAAUAUUGAGUAUCUACUACGCCUUGCUAAUUUUAUGCACAGCUAUUGCCCAGAAGUUGAAGACAAGCACCUGUUCUCCAUAGAGGAGGCAUUGAUCGCCAUCCUCCCAUGCUUUUACACUACAGAUGACCCCAGAGCUGUGUUUUACUAGAACUAACCCUUGGGUAGAUAACUCGCCCUUUCCAAGUCAUAUUUCUCUUGGGUUAGCACUGGUUCAUGGACCUCUUCAUCGACACCUUGCUCGUUCCUUCAUUGCUGAACUUCUGCUCUGGACUUUCUACAUUAGGUCAAUAACUACACUACAAUUGUCUCAUUCAUUUACAAAGGAUGAAGGCAUCUGGGGGUACAAGAAAGUGACAUGAUGGAGCAUGUGCUGUGCGGCCUCAAGGAACUCCUCAACUUACCUCUGCAUUGAUCUAAGUAAUAAAUAAGGACCAUGGUUAACGUGAAGUGUUGUCCUCUACUGAAACUAGUAAGAGAUGUGGCUACGUCCUAGAGUACUCUUCUUCUGUAUCACCACAAGAAUGCUCCGAAUUGCAUGUUUUAUUGGCUCAGUAUGUGAUUUACAUUCCUUUUCCUUCACAAUUGGUACCUGUAUUAUGUCCCAGACUAUAUGUUCUUGGAACUCCUCUUAGAUGUGAAAUUGUGAACCUGUCGAAUAUAGGCAGCUGGUAAUAUGACUGUGAGGAUACUACACGGUUAGAUGGCAAGGUCCAAUUACUGUAUCUGUUAUCAUGGUACUGUAUCGGUUAUCAUGGUACUGUAUCGGUUAUCAUGGUACUGUAUCAGUUAUCAUGGUACUGUAUCGGUUAUCAUGGUACUGUAUCGGUUAUCAUGGUACUGUAUCGGUUAUCAUGGUACUGUAUCGGUUAUCAUAGUACUGUAUCGGUUAUCAUGGUACUGUAUCGGUUAUCAUGGUACUGUAUCGGUUAUCAUGGUACUGUAUCGGUUAUCAUAGUACUGUGUGCGUCAAUCAGCUUUUAUCAAUGGAGAGAACCAAAUCCUAUUGAGCUACCGUUAUUAUUUGUCUGCUGGUACUUACCUCUGGAAGGGUUGCCGUCUGCUGCACUGACCCUAUAAGGCUACUUUCACAUUACCGUUUUUCAUGGAUCUGCAAAAAAUGCUUCCGUUACCAUAAUACAACCGCAUGCAUCCGGUUGUAUUAUGUCUUCUAUAGCCAUGACG